CAGGCACCGCAUUUCGGCUUUCUAAGAUAGCAUGCUUCCAUAAUUUUGGAUUCAGAAGGUACGGAACAAAUUUCCUAUGUGCGUGCAACUGAACCUUGCCGGCUCAAGUUCUAUUUGCUACGCGUACCUGAUGUCUACUCGCGAUGUUUCAUAGGAGUCCUUUGGUAGGACUGACCCUUCUGGCCCCCCUUGCUGCCAAGUGCUGUAGCCAGAGCGUAUCGCUGCUGCAAACGUUGACUGAUCCGAUUCCCCGCGGUGUCCAUGUAGGGCCGACUCGAAUUCCAUGCGUCGUCCACCAGACCUGGCAGACGCAUCAGCUCUCAGAUCAGCAGAAAAGGUGCGUGAACACCUGGAAGUCAAAGAACCCGGAAUGUGAGCACAGAUUGUGGAAUGACACUGAAAUUGCAGCGCUCUGUCAAGAAAAAUCUCCGGGUCUUAUAUGGCCAAUCUGGGAUGGGCUGUCGCCUGUUCAGCGCGCAGAUGUCUUUCGCUAUCUGGUCUUAUGGGACCAAGGAGGCUACUAUGCAGACAUAGAUGUGCGAUGCCACAGACCAGUUGCAGACUUUCCGGUGCCCAAAGAUGUCAACAUGAUUGUGGGCUACGAAGCCGGGCGUCGGUUGGAAGAAGCUGUCAGGGAGAAGGUCGAUUUUUCGCGCGUGGAGCAGUUUGAGAAUUGGUUCUUAGCAUCGGCCCCCGGCAACCCUGUGCUCCUUCGAACCUUGGAAAUCAUCCGACAGAAGUUCCUUUGGAAAGUUCAGAAGACCAUUGAUUUCACGGGUCCUGGAACCCUCAGCGAUGCCGUGCACGAGUUUUUGGCCAACAGUUCUGAGGAGCACGGCAUACCGGCAGAGAUUUCUCGCAGGACAGGCCAAUACGCUGGAAAGCUCAGCUUCCCGAGCGAAAGCACGUAUCAGUUUGGUGAGUGGAAAGCCUUCCUGUUUGCUUCAGGGCGGGUGUCAACAGGCGGCUAUGCUUCUGGUGACGAUCCAGCGGAGAAUGUCCUGGAGCACAUGUUUUCAGGAACAUGGAAAAGAGGGGCCGCGGUGAUUGGAAGCACUCACUUGAUGCUCGUGUCAAAGUGAAAUAAGGGCAUUUGCAAACUAGCCGGCACGGUGAAAACAAGAGCCUGAAGCAAGUCCUGGGCACAGCUGGGUUCUAGGUCAAGACAAGGGCAAGGGAACCAAGAAGUUGAUUCGCCUUCCACCGCCAGAGACGAACAUAGCGGUUUGCGG